AGCAAGAGCUGGGAGGGGGCCGGCUGGAGCCAAACGUGCGCACCAUACUUGAAUCGUCCUCGUCCCGCCUGAGCCGAGAGGAAACCUUCGCGUCCUCUCUGCUAUCUACACACCUUCACAUAACCACAGUCUUUAGUCACAAUGGUCGGAUUCCUGCGCAAGAAAAAGUCGGACCGGGCCGUGCUCUCGGGAGACACGGUGCUGGAUCGCAAGGGCAAGGUGGAUGGCGCCAGUCUGCUAGACGGCGACGGAGAGCCCACGGAGGGAUCGCUCUACGACAUGAACGGCAAGCGCGUGAGCCACAACCAGCGCAGCUCGGACGAGGAGAACCGUCCCAACCCCAUGAACAACGCCGGCUACCCGCCUGUCAUGGCCACAGGCAUGUACCCCCCGCAGCACUCUGGGUUCGGCCAGCAACAGCAGCAGCCGGGGGCCUACGGAUACGGUAAAAACCAGCCUCAGCAGUACGGACAGCCUCAGCAACAGUACGGGCAGCCUCAACAACAGUACGGACAGCCUCAACAGCAGUAUGGGCAGCCUCAGCAACAGUAUGGCCAACCUAACGGAGGAUAUGGCCAGCAGCAGCAGCACCCGCCCACGACACUUGGUGGUCAGUACCAGUACCCUGUGCGAUACGGUCAGAUGCCCCCUCCGAUGCCUGCAGCAGCGUCAAAGAAAUCUCGGUUCCGCAUCCCUGGAAUGGGCAAGAAAAACUAAAAGACUGGACGACGGAAGUUGCGUACGAACUCGUGGAGAUCCGAAAAGGACAAGCGGGCAGGCGAUGGUACAAGUAUUGUGGUCUUUUUGCGAGUAGAACCUCGUGGUGUAUUCUGUAGCGUACGGUACAGGGCAGGGGAGACCUGGAUCGGCCGAGUAGCCACAGCUUCCCGACUUGUCUAGCUGUAGCCUAACCUACCUCUUUUCCUUUCAUUGCUAAAUAAAUUAAGGACUUCUAUGCC